AUGUUUCACUUUUUCCUUAAAUACCAUUUUUUCCUUUUCAUUUCCAUGGCUCCCCGUUACUAUCUAACCUUGUCCCAGGUAUGCUCCCAGGUAUGGUGCAACAAAUACACUAUUGCAUUCGUUUUGUUGGCAGUUAAAGUGUACACUUUUCUGCUCAUUCUUCGCCUGACCUUGGACCAUCUCAUGGACCUUGUCGAUACUAUAAAUGUAUCACUAGAUCAAUUUGCAUCCACCGCUACCAAUUUUCCUGCUCAAUUGACCCAAUUGACCAAUAAAUUAAUAGCAGAACAGUUGCAACAAUUAAAAUCAAACUUUAAACUCAGUCUAUUGCUUUUGGUAUCAGUGAUAAGAGCACUAAUUGGCUUUUAUAUGGAAAUUUUUUUGGGCACUUUCACUUGUUUAUUGGAUGCAGCAGCCCAGGCUUCCGUCAACUUUGCCCUAGAUUCGGCUCAGGCUACUUUAAAGUGCUUGAAUACCACUAUUGUAUCGGUGACUUCUGAGGUGGAAUCUGGUCUUGAAAGCAUAUCGUCGUUUAUUGAAAAUAGCAUCAAUACCGUUCUGAGUUUGUUCACAAACGGUAAGAAACCUUCGGUAACCUCAAUCAACUUAUCUUUGGGUAAAUUGCGUAACUUGCAAAUCCCUGGCUCUGUCACCAAUGAAUUGGAUUCGUUUCGACUCAACUUAGAUGAAUUUGAUAAUUUGAAAAAUUCCACUAUAAAUCUCCUCACGGCUCCACUAACCCAUUUUGAUAAAAACGUUAGCGGUCUGGACCUAUUUGGACCCAUUGACUCAUCGAAAAUGGUAGUUGCAAACUAUGGUCCAUCGGCUGCAAAAAACGUCACUUUCGAUCUCACCGAGGUGAAAAAUUCAAUUGUCGAUUUCAAAAACGACGCAGCAAAAAUAGCACUGAUUAUGAUUAUAGUGUUGGCUUCGCUUUCUGUAAUUGCUAUGAUUGCCUUGGUUUUCGUGGAAAGGAGAAAUUUUGUAAAAAGAGACAUCUUCGUGAUUUCUGUGCGUGAAAAAUCACUGCCUUUGGCAAUAGGUAAUGCGUUGGAAACUUACCAAAAUCGUACAAUUUACUAUAUGGCUAAACUUAAAGUCAACCCAAGGUACUAUUGGAUCUGCAACUACCUAACUUCCAAGUAUGCGAUGGUGGUGAUUAUCAUAGGACUCGUUGGGGUAAUAUCGUUUACUCUCCAAUACCGCCUUUUACUCAGUGUGAAAAACAAGCUCAAAAACCUCAUUGAUACCGUUUCAUCUCCAGAACAAACCAAGCAGCUUCAAGCGUCUCUUUCUCAGUAUACAGCCCAAACCAACAAUUAUAUCGAAGCACAAUCCAAAGCUCUCAAUCAAAAUCUUUUGGGUUGGUAUAUGAAGGCAUCCACAAACGUCAACGAUACACUAACCGAUAUUCUUCACCAAAUUAACCUGACGAUACACACUGUUACUGGCAACACGGCACUAUCAAAACCAUUUGAAGUUGUUGUGUACUGUGUAAUUGGACGCAAAAUAGUGGCUGUGACAAAAGGUAUAACCUGGCUCAAUGAACACUUGGUUAUCGAUUUACCACAACUACCAGUCGAUUUGUUCAAAGACGUCACGGAAGCUGCUCCUCUUCGUUAUGGCAAGCAACUAGAAACACAGAUGGUAAAAGCCACAAACCUGCUUGAACACAUGCUAUUCAUUGAACUUUAUGUGGCAUUAGGUUUUGUCGGUAUUUGGGUCAUUUUCAUCGUGAUGGGUAUUAUCUUCAUGUUUUUUCCAAAGAAAAGAACCAUAGGCAGCCCCAAACUAUUGACCAAGACAGAAAAGGAAGAAUAUAUCUUUCCCCUUUCAAGCUUUAACACGAGUCUGAGCGUUUAUAGCACCUUGAAUGAUAGACCUAUUUCUUGA